UGCUCUGAGCAGCAGUAUACUCAAAACGCGCUUCUGUUCUUACCAGAACUAAGCAAAAUGUUACGAGGAGAGGUGAAUAUGUGAUAGCUGUGAAAGUUCAGUUAUACCCUUUAGCACGAACCGCCGCAUAUCAUUAAUACAUAGUAGCGGUGAUUUUAUAAAGUAACAAAAAAUAACAGAUAUAACGGUUUAUUUUUUGUGUGUGUAUCCUUGUUAUUUUAGAUAACAGAUAUUUAAAUAAAAAAUGAGACACGAAAGAACAGUUAAGAUGCUGUUACUUUCUUAAUGAUUUUAUACCUUAAGUUCUUUUCAAUUUGGAAAUUAUUAUAGUUCACACUAUAGAUAUCAUAUUUAUAAUUCAUAUUGUUGAAUGUGAACUAGAUAAAAUCUAAUACUUGUGUUUGCCGUUGCAAUUUAUCCAGUUUUCCUGUACGUUGUUUUCGUCAGGGUAACGGAAAACAGGAGUUUUAAUCUGACAUGAUUACACGACCUCUUUUGGAGGAUAACAUUCAAGGUGAGUAAUCAUUAUGGAUUAUCUUGUCUUUGCUAUCUUUGGAUUAAGAAGUUGUAAAGUUAAAACUUUUUUGUAAAUGUGAAGAAAGGUCGUCCAGCGAUGCUAGCCGGACCUGAUGGGGAGGAGGAGCUGAGUCCGUAUUGGGAGCCCGCUGAUCCCUUCGCCCCAUCGUCCGAGGACCCUUUCUGUGAUUGCCCUCCCCCACCACCUCCUCGUUUCCUGAUACCUCCACCGCCGGCACCCCCCACCUCGGCUCUGUGCCGGGGCGGGGUGGAGGCGGCCAACCUCCAGUUUUGCCAGAUGGAGCCCAUUGGGGCGGAAUUCACACAAACUGCAUUCCCCUCCCUCCCCAUCAUCGCUGUAUGUUCAUCUGUUGUUCUAGUCGCUGUUCUUGUCGCCUCGUUCUUGCUCUGGAAGCAUAAACGAAAAGUCCAGAACUUUUUACCGUGUAAAACUCACCACCAGGGCCGCUGCGACAUGGGGGGUAGUGCCGGCAUCACCUACGACGACGUCUUAAUCAAUCAUCACCCAACGCGGCUGCCUAACCACCUAAACCCGGAGACCAACACACUCACCCCUAUAGAGUUGCUCGAUGUGAAGUAUGGCAACUAUGUACAAUCUCACCUGGAUCCGCUCACGAGGACAAACUUCACUAUUCCAACCAUCAAUAGUAACACCCAACAACUUAUACAACAGCAGCAACUGCAACAACAACAGCAACAGCAGGUUCCUACUGACAGACCCCGCCAAUCUCGACGAAGUGGCUCGCAGCAACAUCACCACCGCAACCACCACUACUCCAACAACAAGAAAAAAGAUCACCAGUUCCAUCCUAUAUAUGAGGAGGUGAGUGCGAACUCCGACGACAACAAAGUCGGUGGUCGCAGUUACGACUCCGACAUCGAGGAUAGUGAAGUUGAAGGACGCACUGUCGGUAGCGAAGACGAGUUUGCCGAGGACGAACUCAGCGUUGCUGGUGAAUAUCCUUUGAAUCCAGAAAUGGAACAGAGUCAACCAUGUUCGGCCACCAGCAGUCUGCAAGGAUCAACUGGUGGGGACUUAUAUCCAGAUGUGGUCACUGGAUCUAGUGAGAGAUUUUGCAGUGAUGGCAGUCCUGAAAGCAGAACCCUUAAGGGUAACUUCCGAGGCGUGGACUGUGGCCAGAACAAAUUGACUCAUUCACUAGAAAGGAACAAGGAUGGACAUCCAAGCAAUAGCUUCCAAGCGAAGCAGAACUAUUACCUUAAUAAAAGUAUGUUAGGACCAGACUUCACUUACCCUGAAGGAGUCAUGGAGGGUAACUCGUGUGUCUCACCAUCUGGUGAUAUGGUGCAGUCAGAACAAUCUCAGUAUCCUUCUACUAGGGCGAUUGGCUCCUCCCUUAAUUUCAUUCCGGCUUUACUUCAGCAGCAACAAAGGGGAAUGCCGACACCAUCAAGGUCAGCUUCCAACUCUCCACCUCCACCACCCUAUGUGGCGACAACUAACCCCAGGCAGAAUGCUGGAGUGAUCUCAGCUCUCUACAACCCUCAAAUUGUGUCACCGGGUGGCCAGCAAACAGGCCGGAUUCCGGAUGCUCUUUUGAGAGAACUGACAUUUAAACUACCACAGGGGGCGACCAUGCCAUCUGUGGCACCCAUGAGCUCCAGGUCGCUUCCCGUGCCACCUUCGUGCAGGGGAGGUGGUAGUGGUGUCCUCUUCACUGUUGAGAAUCCUUAUCCUGCUCAAGCGACGGCGACGACUGUCCUUCCAUCCAUGUCACGGACGAGGUCCGGGUCUGCGACCGAAUUCACGACAUCUACUGGUGGUAGGGGUGGCGCCGGUUUCCACCCCUAUCCACAUCAUGCCCUAGGGGGUGGAAGACCGCCCACGCCUCCACCCUCAGAGAAUAUAUAUGCUUCCAUUGAUGAUGUUGGACCUUACACAAUCGAUGGAAGUAGGCACAGAAGUCCUUUUGUACCGAAUAGAAAAGGCUCCGUAGAGCACAGAAACACUUUUGGACGAUCUACGACGGGCCGAUCGUCGGCACCUAAGUCAGCAGGUGGCAGUGACAAGUUUCAAAAUAACGUCCCUAGCCGUCAUCCCGAUGAUGAUAGUGGUAAAUAUGGUGAUAUUAGGCCUAUUUAUGAUUCAAGGACCGCUUGUUCUUGAGGAAUGCUCGACAAGCCUUCGUUGUCUUUAUCCUCAAUUGAAAGGGCUUAUUAAUAAUGUUUGCUUAUAGAUGGUGCUUUGCCGAAUGUUCUAGAGUUAUAGCUAUUCUUUAUUCAGUUAUCUCCCAUUUUGAAAAACCACUGGCACUAAGAUUUCCUUUUACGUCAAUGUAAUUUUUUAAAUUUUUGCUUACUAAUCGGGUUUUCUAACAAAUUGUUUUUCGUUUUUUAUUUUUUUAAAGUCUUCAAAUGAAUCUAUAAUACAAAUAAAGUUACUCACUGUUAUAAAAUCAAGCCCCGCUUUGGGUUCCAAAUUUUUUUCAAGAUUAUAAGUACUAAUUCGUAUAUGUUUUAAUUUAAUCCCAUUGAGUGGAUUCUUGAUUCAAAGGUGUGCACUACAUAAAAAUGGUCUACAGGGAAGUUGGCUUUUCUGAGGUUCCUAUUUUGUGAAAAUUUAAACAUAAUUUGGGAAAAAUUAAAAAAUGUGUUAAAAAAUCAACACAAAAAUAUGGUAAAAAUAUGAAUUUAUUGUUUCUUAAGGGAUAAAAAAAAUAAAACUUUAAGAAAAAGUAUUUUGUGAAACUACCGUUUUUCCUAAAGUUGAAUUUGUGAAGGUAGUAAAUUCGGCCUGGACAGACUCUAUAACUAAACAGUAUUUGACUUAGAAUAACUUAGUUCCAGUGACUUCCAACAUAAAAGAUAGCUGAAUCAAAUCUGAACCAAUAGUUACUUACUUUAUAACAACUCAUAAAGCGCCAUCUAUGAGCAGUAUUAUUAACAUGGCUCCUUAUAUACAUAAGGCAUGUCGAUCCUUUAUUUAGAACGUCGGAAUUGUCUCAGAUGCCAAGCCAUGAUAUCAAAGCCUUCCCAUCCCAUUCUUAUGAGCCUUCGUCCUCAAAGUCGCUGUAUUAUGCCUAUCAUAUUUUGUACUGGUGUAUAGUCAUGGUCUUUGUACAGUAACCUGUGGUCUAGUCGACAUAUUUACGUCUUGUUCAGCAGUGUUUGAUCUUGAACUAUGCUUUAUUUUUUGCAAAUCAUUGGAUUGAAAUUAUGAGAAAAAAAAAUGGAUGGAUAAUGUUCUAUAAUUCAAAGGCCUUUGUAUUUUGUGUGUAUGCAGUUAAUUUGUUGUACAGUACUAUAAAUUACAUUAAGUAAAAGAGUUCAAAACUUGUUUGUUUAAGAAAUAUUCUUGGUCAGCAAUGUUUGUGAUGAAAUCAGUUCACUUAUGCUUAUUGUUUAAAAUUUCUUAAAAAGUGUUAAUGAACAAUAUAUAAGCAAUAAGAUUACAUAUAAACUGAGUCAGUACUCAACAAUAUACAAUUUAAACAUAUCUUAUAUUCAGAGAAACAGGUGACAAAAAAUAAACUUAUCAGUUCGAGCUUUGGCACCUAUCUGAUGUCUUGGUGAACAAGCACCAUGCAGAAAUCGCCAACCCAGUAAUUUACAUUGAAAGUGGAUUUUAUCACUAAUCAUAUGUUUAUUUAUCGGCACUUGCUUCUCUGAACUAGUUUUAUUUUAAUUAUUACUUAAGUCAAUGAAUAAGCAUUGAAUUUACAAAAUUUUUUGUUGUCAAUAUUUUAGGGAAAUACCAUGAAUUUUUUGUUAGUUCAACUUUCUUUUUAGCAAUUCUUGUUUCAUUUCUCAAAAUGUUAUAGAAAACAUAAAUAAUUGAGUUUAUUUUUUAUAUUGUGUUUAAUUUGGAGAAUUUAAAAAGUGUCAUAGGUUAGUUAUUUUAGAUUUUAUAUUGUAGCAAUUUUAUUUUAAAAGCAAUAUUUUUCUGAGUUAAUUUGACUUAAAUGCUUGAGUAUAAUUUUGGUCAAGUAUCAGGUUUUUAAAUUUUUUUUUUCAAGGAAUGGAAAAAAAAUAUUUAUAUUUUCCUAUUUCAUUUUUCUUUGAUAAUUGCCAGUUUUCAACUUAAAUUAAAUGGGAAACUGAAUAAACUCUUUUUAACUUCAAUUUUUGUAAAUGAUAAUCAUAAUAUUUAAAACUGAACUAACAUUUUUCGGACAUCAAAACUUACAUUUUCUAAAAUCUUUAUUAACGUACUUUUUGUUGCGUUAACAUAUCAUAAUAGCAUUCGCGAUGUUAUCUUUUUAAUUUCUUAUAAAUAUUACUUCAGACGAAUUGUAUCAGUUUUUAAAUUUAAUUCAUGCACAAUUUAUUAUUUAGUGUUUUUCUUAAUAUCUAGUGAGUUAAUUGGAAUUUCUUUUUCAUAAUGCUUUGCUUUAUUUGGUAUCAGCAUAUGUUAUCGAAACAUUUUAAGCAAUACAUUGAUUUUGUUGUUUAUAAUUAAAUAAUAAAUAAUUUAGAUUCAAAUUUAUUUUUUUGUAUAUUCAUAUAUAAAUAACAGACUUAAAAUUCCAUUGACGCUUAAAUUUUUUUUCCGUGGAUUUUUUAAUCUCCAAACUCUAUGUGCGUAAAUUGUAUCAUUAACUUUUACAUUAUUUAAUUUCAUUUUUUAAAUUUUAUAUUGAAAAGAUUUUCAAACUCUUUAAGUAUUUAAAAAUUACAGAAGCUUGAUAUUUACUCUUUGUAAAAUCUAUGCAAUUUUUUGUCAGCAUUUUAUGCAACGAAAUGUCAGCAAAAUAAUGUUAAAUAUGUUAUUUACAAACAAUUGGCUGUCUUUUUGUAAACAAGAUAAAAAAAAUUUAUAUUUUUUAAUUGUGAGAGUUUUAAUUCAAAGUACAUAUUUGGUGUUAAUAUUUAUGAAGCUGUUUCUCUUGCUAGCUGUUUUAGUGAGUUCAAAAAAUAGUGAAAUUCAUUUGAACAUCUUUGAACAUCUUCGCUUGGCAUCUGCGACUUUUGAACAUCAAUGAACUCAACUCGGAGCUCUCAUCUCUAGUGAACUCUUAAUUAAUUUUCCUGUAAAAAUUUUACAGCUAAUAUCAGAUGGUUAUUUAAAGGAUGUAUAUGUAGCUGUAAUUUAUCUUGGACGUUAAACGAAUUACCAUUUCUAAUAGUUUGGUCAUUUUUAUAUCUUUUUAAUUUGAAAAUCAACGCUUUGAAUUAUUUUAUACUAUAGUUCCUGUUUUGAUUUCAAUACUUGACUAUUAACACUUUAUCUUAUAAUUUUAGUCAACUAAUGUCAUUUUUGCUUUCAAUGAAAUAAGUUUUUCUAAGCGUAUGUACUGUUGUAAUUUAUUGUUAUAAUCAAUUACAUUUUCAGUUUUAUUCAAUUAAUUACAAUCUAUAUUACAUUAAGGAUUUGAAAACUAAUUGAUUUGUUAGGAAUAUAUUAAUUGAUACCAGUCAUAUAAUAGUAAUAAAAUAUUAAAUCAUUUUUGUUUCAGUUUAAUAAUUGAUUCAUAAUCAACAAAAUUAAAGAAAAAACAUUUUUUUCUUUGAUAAUAAUUCAAAGGUAGAUUUUUUUAUAUGAAAAUACAAAUUGUAAAAAAUUAAUUUUAUGUUAAAAUGUGAAUAAUAUGUGUCUACAUGUAUUUAUUUGUACACAGGAUGGAUUUUUGUUUGUUGAAAUGUGAUCAAUAAAAAUACUUUUAAAAUGCUCAA